AUGGACUCCCCGAAUAGCAUCGAACGGCAAGAGAUCGACCGCGUUCUUCGCCUCAAACGCAAGCAGCGGGAAUCAAAGGCCUGCUAUCCCUGUCGCCAGCGGAAAGUCAAGUGCGAUGGCAGCCAGCCCUGCAGGACUUGCGUACGGCGGGACCACCCCCUGAUUUGCGCCUACAAUGUCGAACAGACUCGGAAGAAGGCUGCACAUUCCAGCCAGGGUAAUAUAACAGACAGAAAUAGAAAUAAUGCACAGCCGUCUCGCAGUGCAGAUGCCGGGCCGAGCUCCCUGGACAGCCCUCGGAGCUCGGCGCAGAACCACGACAGCUACGUCUUUUCCGGGGAUAACUCGCUGGUCUCGAUACUGCACCAGCAGGACCCCGAGGGGACCAUGGCUCGCGAGGCUACGUCUGUCCUGGGCCUGCACAACACGUAUCUGAGCUAUCCGUUCAUCGAGUCCAAGACGCCGCAUGACCGGUGGGUGGCUAUUCUAGAUAUCCUCCCUCACCGAGACGAGGUUUUAAAAUUCUUUCAUUUCUACCGCAUAUGUGCAUACCCGUUCAACCCGAUCCUCGUCGACGUGGACAAGUUCGAGUCCGACAUCUGCAUCUAUCUUAGCACGUAUGCUUCUGGAGAGCUGAGCGACCGAGAUAAGAUAUCGGAGCAAUGGACGUCAGGGAGAUCUGUUGGCCAUAUAAGUCUCCUUCUAGCGACACUGGCAGCCGGUGCUCACUUCUCUGACAUGGAGAACCCCCAGCGCUCAGAACUGUGCCAGGACUUUGCUCGCCGCUCUUUCCAGGCUCUGCGUCUUGCAAACUUCCUGCUUCGGCCGUCGCUGGAUGUCGUCCAGUCUCUCCUCAUUCUCGGCAAUACGCUCCAGAAUAAUGGCCAGUCCGAUGCAGCCUGGGCCUUGCUGGGGACGACGGUCAGGCUGGCUCAGACUCUGGGGUUGCAUACAGAGAGAGGCAUCUCGCACUGGCCUGAACACGCAAAACAGAAAGCUAAACUACUAUGGUCAAUGACAGUCUGGCAAGACAGCCUCCUUAGCCUCUGCUACGACCGCCCACCCAUCGUCUCCAACAUACGCUGGACACCAGAAGCGAUAUCAUCCCCACGGUUGGAACUCUCAUACGUCAACCUCAUGCACUACUUCUGCUGGGUAGGCUUCGAGAUUAUGAAAAUAGAGGAAAUCCCCGAACAGCCAAACCACAACCUCACCCUGCUCACCAAUCUCGACAGCACAUUCAAUCGAGCACAAACACACCUCCUCAACCGCCAAAACUGCAGAAAUCUACCGCAGCAUCUAGAACAUCUCGCACUGCGCAUGCACGUCUCCUUCAUCGCCUCUGCGCUCUGUCGACCGGCAAUCAAGACACCCCCGACCCCGACCCCGGGACAUCUAAACGAAGAUCCACGGCUGGUAUCCCUUCGAUCCCGGGCGCGAGAGAGCCUCAUCACGGCCUCGCGCGCGUUCCUCGAUUUCCAGGCUCUGUCUGUUGUGCCGCUGAGGACGUGGUCGAUGGUUCACACGGUGCUCAGCUCGACGCUGCUUUUCUGCACGUGGCAGGAGACGAGGGACGAUGGGGAGUGUCGGGACUUGCAGCAGAGAGUUAUCGAGGUGUUCUCUGGGGCUGGGGCUGGGGCUGGGAUGGAGACGGGGUCGGAUUAUAGCCAGUGGCUGUCAGCGAGACAUAUCCGGGCGUUGAUUACGCUGCGGCAGACGCUCAGGAAACGGAGUGCUCAAGAGACAGGAACUGAUCAGAAUGAACAGACGCAUGUAGCUGGUUUUGCGGGUUUCCAAGCCGGCGAUGGACCCCAGAAUAUGAUGUCGAUGGGGGAGCUGUCGUAUAAUGAAUUGUUUCCGGGAUUGGACUACGGGUUCCCUGUUCCUGGUGAAAUGGACUUCUCGCCAGUGACGUACCUUGACUCCAUUAUGAAUGUUCCACUCUUCGACUUUCCAGAAGAGUCCUAG